GAGACCUGGACAGGGAGAGAGAGGAGUGGGAGAGACGGAGGCAGGAGAUGGAAAGAGAGAGUGGAAGACCAGGAGAGUACGAGGAGGAAGGAGGAGUAAGACCCUAUCCAGGGCCAGAAUAUGACGAUUUGAAGGGCGCUCCGGGUGAAAAUGGACUUCCGGGACCAAAGGGGGAACUUGGUGAAAAGGGACACAAGGGUGAGCCAGGUAUUGGCCACAGAGGUCCUGUGGGACAGGCUGGUCCACCUGGAACUAAGGGUGAGCCUGGUGAACUGGGGCCUUCUGGUGCUCAGGGUAUCCAGGGUAUCCGUGGUAACCCCGGUAUUUCAGGUUCUCAGGGCUUGAGGGGCCAACCAGGAGACCCAGGAGAGGCGGGGAGAGAGGGAGACAGGGGUAGAAGGGGUAAGAAUGGAUCACCCGGGACUCCAGGAGCUAAAGGGACACCAGGAAUAGAGGGUCCACCUGGUCUACCUGGGACGAAAGGAGAAAAGGGCGACAGUAUCCCGGGGGAACCAGGGGCCAGGGGUGUGGUCGGCAUCACAGGUCGCAGGGGUGAAAAGGGCAUUGCAGGAGUCUUAGGAGCCCCAGGACACACUGGUCCAAAGGGCUUCCCGGGCAGCAAAGGAGCAAAGGGCGACAGAGGUUUAGCAGGAAUACAAGGAGAAAGGGGAAGCCCCCUCCAAAUCCAGGGACCGAGAGGCUACAAGGGCUUAAAAGGAGAAGGGGGAGAGCGAGGCUCCCCAGGUUUCGAUGGAGAUAAAGGAGAGAAGGGCGAGGAUGGGCCCCCGGGGUUCAAGGGCCUCAAAGGAGAGGCAGGGGCCAAAGGAGCCAUGGGGCUGUUUGGGGUCCGUGGACCAGUGGGCCAAAAGGGAGAUACUGGUGAGCCUGGAGUCAAUGGAGAAGUGGGUCGUAACGGGGACGAUGGAUUGGACGGAGCCACAGGAGCCAAAGGAGACAUGGGACUCCAGGGACAGAAGGGAGAUCAGGGUGACAGAGGUGAACCUGGCUUACCAGGGGAUACUGGGCAGACAGGAGUGAAGGGAUUCCGAGGCUUACCUGGACGCAUAGGAAGCACUGGGCAAGACGGAGAAAAGGGAGAGAUGGGUAUUCCUGGAACCCCAGGACAUCCAGGGCUCAAUGGACUCACAGGACGGAAGGGUGAAAAAGGGGACGGGGGUAUCAAUGGAGUAGAGGGAGCACCAGGACUAAGAGGAGAGAAGGGUGCCACUGGUUUCCCAGGGUUCCCUGGGUUUAAGGGGUCAGCAGGGACACCAGGCAGUGAUGGAGCGGAGGGGCGACCAGGACGUAAUGGGUCCAAGGGAGAGACAGGAACCAAGGGAGAGAGGGGCAGGAGAGGCAGAGGGAAGCCUUGUCAGACAGGACCACCUGGAAGUCCGGGACAAAGAGGAGGCAGUGGAGAGCUCGGAAACGAGGGACUAAAGGGAGAGAAAGGGGAACCCGGACUCUCUGCCGAGGAGGUGAAGGAUCUGGUCAACCAAGAGGUUGUGAACCAGUGCGGGAUGGACUUGAAGUUUAUGGUGAAGUCCAAGGACCCGGAUGCUGAGAGCAUGUUGUUUGAGAGGGAACCGGACGAGCCUGUAUCCAUCUUCACUCGCAGCCUACCUGAGGGUGAGAUGGGAGAGGAGGAAGAGGACAAGAAAAGACUUGUAAAGGAGCUGGUAGGAUCAACCACUCCUCCCCCCGUCCCCUUGCGAGAGGAGGGGACCCCAGGUGAUGACAACCUUACCGACUCUGGAGCCAACAGGGGAGCGGAUUGGGGACUGAGGCACAGGAGAAGAAGGGUUCCAGGAGUUGGGCCACGCUCAUCAGACUUGACCCCUGACCCCUGCCUGCUGCCCAUGUCAGAGGGGGGAUGUUGGGAGCAUGUCCUGCUGUGGUACUACCACCCCCACUCCGGGGAGUGCCGGCCGUUUGUCUACGGGGGUUGUGAGGGCAACCACAACCGCUUCAACACCAAACAAGAAUGUCAGAGGUGGUGUGGGAAAGAGAGGAGAGGUCUUGAGCCUAGAAGGUGAGAGGGAGCUGCCAAUCAAGACAAUUAUUUUUUUUGUAAAUGUCACACUGUAAAAUGUUCGAAUUUUUGUGCAGAUCUGGAUUUCUUAAAUAUUUAAAGUUAACUAAUGAUUUUCCACACUUGAGAGAAAUGCCCAUAUAGAGCAGAGCUGCAUGGGUUUCAUAUAUUUGCAAAAUCAUUCGAAAUGCUUUAUCUGUGCCUGUUUGAGCUUGCCUGGCUUAAUUACCCAAUAGAAAAGUCCCAAAACUGCAAAACCCUGUCCAUCUGGGACUCCAGGCAGUCUUUUAAGGUAACGCUCAAAUUAUUUUAAAAGUAUUUGAACCCAGGUCUAAUACAGCUAUUGUAUUUUCUAUGGACUAUGCCAAUUACAGUUGACUCACCAUGUGAAUGUUAUGAAUGUGUUCUUUCAUGUUUUAAUCAAAAGGUAGCCUUCACAUUCUAUAUUAGUAUAGUAUAGCACAUUCUAUAGUACUAUAGUAUAGCACAUUCUAUAGUACUAUAGUAUAGCACAUUCUAUAGUACUAUAGUAUGGCACAUGCUAUAGUACUAUAGUAUAGAAUAGCACAUUCUAUAGUACCAUAGUAUAGCACAUUCUAUAGUACUUUAGUAUAGUAUAGCACAUUCUAUAGUACCAUAGUAUAGCACGUUCUAUAGUACUAUAGUAUAGCACAUUCUAUAGUACUAUAGUAUAGCACAUUCUAUAGUACUAUAGUAAAGCACAUUCUAUAGUACUAUAGUAUAGCACAUUCUAUAGUACUAUAGUAUAGAACUUUCUAUAGUACCAUAGUAUAGCACGUUCUAUAGUAUAGCACAUUCUAUAGUACUAUAGUAUAGCACAUUCUAUAGUACUAUAGGAAAGCACAUUCUAUAGUACUAUAGUAUAGCACAUUCUAUAGUACUAUAGUAAAGCACAUUCUAUAGUACUAUAGUAUAGCACAUUCUAUAGUACUAU